GCAACUUUUAAUUUGCUGUACUUCUCAGCUGGCCCAAAUAUCAACUAAAAGUAUCAUAAAAUUAAGGCAGAACUGAAUCGGAAAUACUUCACAGGCUGGUUGUGUACAUUACAUAGUAACCUACCAAGAUGGGCCAAAUUAUGGGUUCUUAUGGGGCGCGAAAUGUUGGACUGUAUAUGGAUGAUACACCAACAUUCGACCCUCACGCAGGAUUUGAUUAUGAAAGAAAACCAAGAGAAAUGAAAGCCAAUGAGGCAGAUCUGGUUUCAGCAAAGAUCCCACCAAAGUACCGUGACUAUUGUGCCCAUCACUUGUUGGAAUACCAAUCAUGCCGCUACAAAAACAUGCCACUGAUAUAUAAGUGUGCCCAUGAGAAACAUCACUAUUUGACCUGCGAGAAAGAUGACUAUGUUAUCCGCAUGAAAGAAUUUGAACGUGAACGCCGUCUCAGGCUACGUGAAAAGCGCAUUACUGGUGUUGCUUAUUAAUUGGUUUCCAUCAUACCUAUUCAGUAGAUAAUUUUGUUUCAAUGGUUACUAUGUAAAUAGAAUAAACAAAACAUCUUUAUUAUUUAUAUAAA